UUUGCACGGUACACGGCGCGCAUUGUUUACAUUGUGAUCUAUUUGUUUUUCUUAUAACAAUAGCCUAAGUUACUUCAAGAAGUGUAUCGAACCUAAAGUUUUAAUACCAAACUUAACAUCAGUGUAUAAAAUAAUAAAAAUAGUGACUUGAUUUCAGUGAAAUAACAGUGUUAAUAUUAUGAAUAAAAUCAGCUGUUACCGACCAUUACCCUCACAUUGACUUAUUGCAAACAGUCAUGCGUGUUCUUCGACCUAAUUGCUAGUGUACGACGGGUCAAAUUGGCAUGUGCUGUUUCUUCGUCAGUUCCUAACAAUAUAUGGGCGGUGCAUUUUAUUUGAAUUCCUUCAUUGAUUGUACUUAUUUCGACAGUUUUAAGGGUUAAUUAACUCAUAAUCAUGAAGUGUCAAGCAUGUAAUAAGGAUAUUGAGCGUGGGGAACUGUUGAGUUGCUGUUCCUGUCGCAGUACUUAUGACUAUAAAUGUCUUAACAUAAGUAAAGAAUUCUACACAGAACACAUCCAAAAAGUGAAACGGUCAUGGGAAUGUCCUUCGUGCAUGAACGUUACUCGACGCAGAAACGAAAAUACCCCAGUGCGCAACCAGUUCGAAUUACUAUUGUCGGAAGAAUCCAGUAACAUGUCUUACGAUGACAUUGCCUGUGGCACUCUUCCUAAAUCUUCCGUAGCGGGCCCUACGCAGUGUACAAGUACAAGUGCUCCUACCUUAUCUUAUGAUCAGUUUGGUCAACUUUUAGAUUCCAAAAUCGAAAAAAUUAGAAGCGCUUUGGUUUCAGAUUUCAAAAAGGAGUUUACAAAUGCCAUCGAGAAAUUAAAAAUAGAAUUUACACAGUCGUUAGAGUUUAUCUCGGCGGAACAAUGCGCUCUAAAAAAUGAUUUAAUCACGGCCAAUAAAACAAUUGAAACUAUUAGCUCUGAAAACAUACAGUUAAAAUCUGAAGUUGUCCAGCUCAGUCGUCGACUAAGUGUCUUAGAGAAAUCUUCUAGAAGCCGCAAUAUAGAAAUUCAGUUAAUUCCAGAGAAGAAAAACGAAAAUCUCAUAGGAAUUUUUAAAAAUUUGUGUGGUACUAUAAAGGCUUCUACUACCGAAACUGAUGUAUGCUCAAUUCGAAGGGUUGCUAAGUUAAACACCCAGUCAACUAGGCCUCGUAACGUAAUUGUAACCUUGCCCUCCGAACGACACCGAGAUGAUCUCAUUUCAACUUUUAAAAGAUAUAACAAAAGUAAUAAAUCUGAGCCUUUGAACUCGAGUCACUUAGGUAUCCCCGGUGAGAAGCACAAGAUCUACGUGAGUGAACAUCUAUCUCCUGAAUGUAAGGCAAUUCAUGCUGCGACUAGAAAGGCUGCCAAGGAGCAUGCUUACACUUAUGUGUGGGUUAGAAACGAUCGUGUAUAUACUAGAAAGAACGAUAAAUCGUCCGCUAUUCUUAUACGGAACAUUAGUGAUUUGACGAAAAUUACCCAAUAAGUUAUCCUCCAUUGUAAACUAUAUAAUAUUAAGCCCUUAUCCGUUCUCCCUUUUCAAUAAUGUUAAUAUAUUAUCAAAAUGUAAAUAGAAUAAGAACUAAAAUAAAUGAACUUUUUAUAAACUCUUUAAAUGAUAACUACGAUAUAAUAUGUUUGUCUGAAACCAAUCUAAACUCUAGUGUGUAUGACAAUGAAUUACUUGAUGGCCGAUACAUAGUUUUUAGAAGAGAUCGCGAAAGCACAUGUAUAAAUAAAUUAGAUGGCGGUGGUGUAUUGAUAGCCGUUAAUAGAAACCUCAAUGUUAUCCGUCGUAACACGUGGGAAAGUAAAGUGGAGGACCUUUGGGUUAGUAUUUCUUUAUCGAAAGUAACGGUUAACUUAUGUGUUUGUUAUCUACCACCCGACAUAUCGAACGAAAACUUAACUUUGUUUUACGAAAACGCGCAUAGAAACAUCAUAAAUAUGGACGAAAAUAAUAUUAACUUGCUAGUUGGUGAUUUUAAUGUUCCCAGCCUCUCAUGGUCAUCGUGUUCCUUCAGUAAGAUUCUUGAACCUAGCGCACCCGAGGAUCACAAGGCGUUUCUCCUCUGUCAAAUGUUAUCGUUAUGUAACUUAUCACAGUUUAAUAGCAUCCCGAAUAAAAAUAACCGACAGCUCGAUCUGGUAUUAGCUUCGACAGAUAAUAUUAUUGUUAAAUGUGCUGAUCCUAUCGUACGAAUAGACUCUCAUCAUCCUCCUCUUUCCAUAUCUUUGGAAGAUCUUACAUCAAAUAAUGAGUAUAUGAAAAUACCAACUCAUAGCAAAUUUAACUUUCGAAAAUGUAAUUUUGAUGAGGUAAGGCGUAAACUAAGUGAAGUUGAUUGGUAUGAACUGUUCGCAAGUGAAGAUAUUGAUAACUGUAUUGAAAAGUUUUAUAAUGUUUUAAACCAAAUUAUUAAGGAAUACACGCCAGUAUCAAAAGUAAACACGAUGAAAUAUCCAGUUUGGUAUUCUUGGCCUUUAAAAAAGUGUCUUGCUGAAAAAAAUAAGUAUCAUCGUCGUUUUAUUAAGUACAAAAACCCACGAGAUUACGACACAUUUUCUUUAUUACGAACUAGGUGUAACAAACUUACUACUGAAUCUUAUAAUUCAUUUUUGCUGGCAACUGAAAAUGCACUUAGACAUGAUGUUAAACCUUUUUACAAGUAUGUUAAUAGUAAAAAAGGGUCUAAUGAUCUUCCCCAGAAUAUGCAUUAUGAGGAUAAGACUACAUCUGACAUUCAGGAAACCUGUGAACUAUUCUCUAAAUAUUUUAGCUCAGUCUUCGAACAAACUAUCGUUUCAGAUGUAAGCACUCACUUUAACGUAGAUUGUCAGUUGCACUCCACAUUUAGUUCUAUUUUUAUUAAACAAGAAGAAAUAUUAAACUUAUUAAAAAAGUUAGAUCCUAAUAAAGGUCCAGGCCCGGAUGGCAUUCCUUCUCUCCUCUUAAAAAGGUGUGCACUGGAAUUAUCCUUGCCGUUGUUUUUCUUAUUUAAUAAGUCGCUUAGUACUGGAAAAUUUCCUUCCGCUUGGAAAACAGCCCACAUAGUGCCAAUCCAUAAGUCUGGCAAUAAAUCGGAUUGUACAAAUUACAGACCAAUUAGCAUAUUGUCUAGUAUCGCUAAAUUAUUUGAAGCCUCCGUCUACAAGUAUCUUUACAGCCAUUUUAACUCACUAUUAGCUGCUCAGCAACAUGGCUUUCUUAAACGAAAAUCUACAGUCAGUAACCUACUAGAGUACAAAAAUUACCUAUGUAAAGUAUUUGCUAAGAGAGGUCAAGUGGAUUCGAUUUAUACAGAUUUUAGCAAAGCUUUUGAUAAAGUUAGUCAUAUGAUAUUAUUGAGGAAGUUACGAUGUUAUGGAGUGCACGGAAAUCUUCUGAGAUGGUUAGAAUCAUAUCUAUUAAAUAGGAGUCAACUAGUAAGACUUAAAGGACAAACGUCAGAGCCUAUUACAAUAACAUCCGGUGUGCCUCAAGGC